AUGUCGAAAAUGAAGGAAACCUUAUCCAAUUACUCAGUAGCUCGACUUGUCGGUACGGAUUCAUUCCUCCUAGAUCACAAUAUCAACAAGUCGACAAAUGCACCAGCAAAACCAUUUGAAAAUACUGUAAACCAUCAUGUUGGGAAUUAUAACUUCCCUAUAAAUUCAUCUUCAAAAAUGAUACAACCAAUACAACAAGCAUAUUACCCGUUGCAUGCCUUGCAGCAAAGUACAUUUCCUGCGCGGUCACUCUAUCCAUCGUUAUCUAACAAUGAUACUGCAAUGCCAAAUUCGAAUGUGAAUCAACUUGCGUGGAACAUACAUUUGCGACAAGUAGCACUGAACUUGAUGACAUUGCAAAGGCUGCAAGCUGCAAGUAGUGCCGAACGGAUCAUUUCUGAAAAGCAAUCAUACCCAAUACAUAUUACUUCUGCUGUAACUGUAAGCAGUAAAGAACCAAAUGUACAAUCUUGCACGACUUGCAACAAACUAUUCAUUAAUAAAUAUUCAUUGGAACAACAUAUUCUUGAGCAACAUAACCAAUUUUCGAAAAUAUCUGGUCCCGAGAAACAAUUCGAAUGCAAGCAGUGCGGUAAAACUUUCAAGCGUUCUUCAACUUUAAGUACUCAUUUACUUAUUCACAGUGAUACAAGACCGUACCCGUGUGAUUAUUGCGGUAAACGUUUUCAUCAAAAAUCGGAUAUGAAGAAACAUACCUAUAUUCAUACUGGUGAAAAGCCUCACAAAUGCUUGGUAUGUGGUAAGGCAUUCUCUCAGUCCUCUAACUUAAUUACGCAUUCACGUAAGCAUACUGGCUAUAAACCAUUCUCUUGUGAUAUUUGUGGUAGGACAUUUCAACGAAAAGUUGACCGUCGUCGACAUCGUGAAAGUCAUCAUUCUAACGAAAUUUUCAUUCAUCGACCAUUACGAAAUGAUACGAAUAGAAGUACUUCAAAUAAUUAUGCAAAUCAAAUUAAUCAAUCAUCAUUCGUGAACUUAGAUCAUCUUGAAGCAUCAAACAAUGCAGUUUUGAAUCCGAAACCGGUGCGUUUUUCUAUGUCAGAGCCUGAUGAGGCAUUAAAUCUUAGCUCAAAGUAG